AUGGGGAGAUGGUGGGUGCUCACUCACUUCCUCGCUCAUCACGCCUCCGCAUCCCCAAUAGAAUGUAUCGUCCUAACAUUCAUCGGGGCCACCCUUGCCUACUUCCAGCUGCUACACGCCUUCAGCUCAUGGGACGUCUUCCCUUCCCUCUCCGCCUCCCUCGCCCAACCAGCAGAGCUCUCCUCCGUCGUCGUACUCCAUCAUCCUGGGCAGGCGUGGCAGGUCGUCGGGGACGAUAUGUGGGAGAAAGGACGACGAGGGGAGUUGGGGGAACUGAACAUGCUCUGGUUACGACAGGUCGAGGCUGUUUCACCUUCUGGUUCUGUGCUAGGGAUGAACGAUACUUGGGCACAAGGGGCGAUCGACGAGUUGUCCGAUUAUGUGACGCAUGAUCUUUCUGUUGGGGUGAAUGGGCUGUCUUAUGCUAGGGAUCUUUGCUAUGUUCCUCCUUUGAAGGAAGACGAGUCUGCUCUGUCGGAAUGCGUCAACCCUGCUAUAGGAGGUGGCAACACGCUUUCACUCUUAUUCUCUGCUCAGCCUUCAACGCUCCCUCGAACGGCUUCACCAAGGCUUACAUCAUCAGACUUGUCAACAUUGCAUCGUUCUUACUUCUCUCGUCUCCUCUCACCUUCUCUUCCCCCGUCAGACCCUUCCUCUCCUCACCCAAUCGCCUUUUCUCUCCUCACCAGCACACCACCAGCCUACUCACUCCGUGCCACACUCCACCUGCUCAGCGCACGCAUCACCUCCCUCGCUCAGAAGGCAGACAGCGCAGACAUAUUCGUUCUCCUCCUCGGCUAUGUCCUCAUGCACCUCACCUUCCUCCACCUCUUCUCCUCCCUCCGCCGCCUAGGUUCAAAACUAUGGCUAGGAGUAGGCGUCCUCGUCACAGGCUGCUUCGCCUUCCUCGCAGCGCUCUUCGUCUCCCACCUCCUGGCACUCCGAGUCGACCUUAUCCAGCUAUUCGAAGCCCUCCCCUUCCUAGUCAUCACAGUAGGGUUCGACAAGCCCCUCACCCUCACACGCGCAGUCUUCGCCCAUCCCGCCGCUCUCCACCCCUCCAACCCCAAAGUCCCAGCCUCCACCGUCGUCGUCACCGCCGUCAACCAAGUAGGCGCAGGGAUCGUCCGCGACUACGCGCUCGAGAUCGCCGUCCUGGCACUAGGAGCAGCCUCCGGCGUCGGAGGGCUAAAAGAGUUCUGCCACCUCGCUGCGCUCAUCCUCGCCGCGGACUGCUGUCUCCUAUUCACGUUCUACGUCGCGGUACUGAACGUGAUGGUCGAAGUGCAGCGGAUAAAGGCAAUGAGGGGCAAGCUCCGCCCGCUGGAGACUCAUACCCCUGGGACUGGCAAGUCGGCCCAGCAGACCCCGGUCACUCCUGUGCUGGGGCACAAGAUCUCACGUGCAGUGUUCGGCGAGCCCGUGGACGAUAAGGCCGAGAAUCCCGUAGCGAGGCUCAAGCUGCUCCUUAUCGUCUCCUUCCUCGUCCUUCACGUCCUGAACCUCUGUACGACACUCACAGAGCACACGCACACGGCACACAAGCCCCACCCAGUCCUGCCAAGCACGAGCCAGCGAGUGCCCAUCUCCCCUCUCUCUCCCUCUCUCGCUCCCGUCCUCUCCCACCUAAUCGCUCUCCACCCUCCCACAUCCUCCAUCCUCGUCCACCUCUCUCCUCCCCUCCGCGUCGCCCUCACUCCCUUAUCCCAGCUCGCCUCUGACCAGCAAGGGGAAGCCUCGGGAUCCCUAGCCUUCAUAGACGAGUUCAUGUCCGAGUGGUCGCACCUCGUCGGCGAUCCUGUCCUGAGCAAAUGGAUCGUCCUUGCACUGGCAGUAUCGGUAUUUUUGAACGGGUAUUUGCUUAAAGGGCUUGGGACAGGUCUGGGUGGGGUCGUACAGGUUGCGGGGGGGGCGGGUGUGUUGCCGCCUUUGGAGGGGAAGGAGGAUAUGGGUGGGGAGAGGGAGAGGGAGAGGGAGGUGGACCGAGAGCGUGAAAGGGAGAGGGAGAGGGAGAGGGAGCGAGAGGAACCCCCCUCAUACCCUCACCCCGCUCAGGAACAGGAACGAAAACACCGACCGGCAGUCGUUGCCCGCGCUCUGGACCUGGAAUUCGCAAGACCGACAUCACCCCUUCACCCGCUGAACGUAGCUGAAGUCGAUAGGCUGCUCGUCCCUCCCCCGAGGCACGCGCACGUCCCUCCUCUUUCCGUGUCCGUCCCCUCCCUCCCCCUCCCAGAACGCGAAGAACUCGUCCGCAAUACCCCUCUCGGCACUCCCCUAGGCGACAAGCCCUCCCUCGGCCGGAGGUCGUACGACGAGUCCUCGGCAGUGUUCGACGCUGAAGGCGCUUCGGCAGUGAGUGACGAAGAGCUCAUCCUCCUCUCCCAACGUGGGCGUAUCCAGCCCUACGCGCUGGAAAAAGUGCUCGAAGACCUAGAUCGCGCAGUGCGCAUUCGCAGAGCUCUUAUCUCCCGCUCGAGCGCUACCAAGACCCUGGAGCACUCUCUCCUCCCUUAUGCGAACUAUGACUAUUCCCGUGUUCAGGGCGCGUGCUGCGAGAACGUCGUCGGGUACAUGCCUGUCCCGCUUGGGAUCGCAGGCCCGCUAACGAUCGACGGUGUCUCCGUCCCUAUCCCUAUGGCCACUACAGAGGGCACGCUGGUCGCUUCCUGUUCCCGCGGGUGUAAGGCUCUCAACGCUGGCGGAGGGGUCACUACCGUCCUUACCCAGGAUGCGAUGACCCGCGGCCCGGCGAUCGAUUUCCCAACACUGGCGAUGGCUGCUCAGGCUAAACACUGGGUUGACAGUCCUAAGGGCAGCGCCAUCAUCCGGGACGCGUUUGACAGCACUUCCCGUUUCGCGCGUCUUCAGAGCCUCAAGUGUGCCCUGGCGGGGAGGACGAUGUAUGUCCGGUUUGCGACUAGUACGGGGGACGCAAUGGGCAUGAAUAUGAUUUCCAAAGGAACGGAAAAGGCGCUGGAAGUGAUGAGCGAGCAUUUCCCCGAAAUGACGAUCCUCACACUUUCGGGCAACUAUUGUACGGAUAAGAAACCGGCGGCGAUUAACUGGAUCGAGGGGCGCGGGAAGAGUGUCGUCGCUGAGGCUGUUAUUCCUGGUAAGACGGUCAAGAGCGUCCUCAAGACCAGCGUGCAGGAUCUGGUCAACCUGAAUAUCAAGAAGAACCUGAUUGGGAGUGCCAUGGCCGGCAGUAUAGGCGGGUUUAACGCCCAUGCCGCCAACAUCCUCACGGCGAUAUUUAUUGCUACUGGCCAAGAUCCCGCACAGAACGUCGAGAGCUCGAAUUGUAUGACUCUGAUGGAAGCGAUAAACGAUGGCCAGGACCUGCUUAUGACGUGUACGAUGCCCUCUGUCGAGGUUGGCACUGUGGGCGGGGGGACUGUCCUCCCUCCUCAGCAAUCGAUGCUUGAGAUGCUUGGGAUCCAAGGCGCACAUCCCACUUCCCCGGGGCACAACGCCCGCCAGCUCGCGCGCAUCAUCUGCGCCUCAGUGAUGGCUGGCGAGUUGAGCCUGCUAUCGGCUCUUGCGGCUGGACACCUGAUCAAGGCGCAUAUGAAACAUAAUCGCUCUCAGCCACCGACGCCGCUUGCCACUCGCCCGAGUACGCCGGCACCUUUUUCCGUCUUGCCCCAUUUGCCGAUCCCUGCUCCUGCUGCGGAGGAGAAACGGGAGGGGCACUUGGAAGGGGAAGUAAUUACUGUACAUUGA